AGAGUAAUAAUUAUGUGUAUUGGCAUACUUACUCCUUUACGGACAAGCAAAUAAACAUUUAAAGAGUUACUCUGACUGGUUUAUAUUAAAAUAAAGUUAAACAUCAUGUAAAACUAGUGAUAUUUGUGUUAUGUGUAUAAGCGAGUGUUCAGUGUAAAUAGACCAUUUGGCACGAACCAUGGCCCAGAAUCAGGGGGAGGUUCAAGUGGGCACACCGAACCAACCCGUGAAGGAGAAGGAUAUUUACGCUUGUCUGCCUGAUAUGCGGACAAACGGACCGCUUAGCUCUGACGAACCUUGUUCCGGAGGCGAGGAGUUACGUUGGUUGCCUGCCCAGGCCACAGACAGAGACUUGGUUAUGUACUUGCGAGCUGCACGCUCUAUGGCAGCAUUCGCAGGUAUGUGUGACGGAGGAUCACCAGACGACGGAUGUGUCGCCGCCAGCCGCGACGAUACGACUAUCAAUGCUCUUGAUGUACUUCAUGACUCGGGCUACGACCCUGGUCGUGCUCUUCAAGCCCUUGUCAAGUGUCCAGUUCCAAAGGGAAUUGAAAAAAAGUGGACAGAGGAAGAAACUAAGCGAUUUGUAAAAGGAAUACGGCAAUUUGGUAAGAAUUUCUUUAAAAUUAGAAAGGACCUAUUGCCUCAUAAAGACACUGCCGAGUUAGUUGAAUUUUAUUACCUGUGGAAAAAGACUCCUGGUGCUAGUAGUAAUAGACCACACAGGAGACGACGCCAGGCAUCAUUGAGACGUGUGCGCAAUACUAGGAACUCACGUGCUGGCACACCUAAAGAGCAGACUCCGGAAGCUACACCUACAGUACCAGAUACUAAUGGUUCAAGACCAUCACCUAAUCCUAAAGAAGCCGGAGAGAUGAGUUCAGUUACAGAAGAUGAGAAUUCUGAAGAAGACAGUGAUUCCAGAGAUGCUGGUGAUUUAGCUAAAGCUGACGUUAGUAGUAGACCUGAAAAUCCAGAUGACUCCCCUAGUCGAAUGCGAACACGGAACAAAUCUAAAGAACAAAACACACCAAAUGGAAAGAAGACACAAGAUGAAAGUGAUAAUGAUUCUAAAUCUAAAGCUAAACCUAAUAAACCAAAUGUACAAAGUACCAAUAAUAACAUUCCUGAAAAGGUAUUAUCGUCGCCUGUUAGCAAAGAAAUAAAGAAAAAAGUGGCUAAUGGGAAAGUUGAUGUGUCUAAGGUUAAGAAACGGCUUCCAGAUGAUACAAAGCCAGAAAGUAUUUUGGAUGGUGAUGUGCAAAUGAAGAAAAAGAAAGCAGUAGAACCUCCUGAUAGUCCAGCGGAGAGCCUGACUAAUGACAGUUUCCCAGCUAUGGAUGAAACUGAAACUCCAGAACCAGAGCCUGAAGCUUGUGACUUUAGUUUUAAUAAGACUGAUAAAGAAAAUGCAGAACAAAAUAAACAACCAGAGGCCGAGCAGCAUCUGAAACCGCCAGAUACUCAAGUUAAAUUAGAGAAUAAUCCUGAACCGGUUAUCAAAUCAGAGAAAGACCCAUUACCUCCAGCAUUCCAGGUUACAAAUGAGAAGGAUGAUAGAAAUGCUCUUGAUUUGAAAACAGAUCCCAAUACACAAACCAAUAAACUGCCAGAUAGCAUUGAACCAAGACCUAUACCAAUGCAAAAUCCUAUAUUUCCAAAAACUGAACUUAUUAUACCUAAAGUUACCCCAAUGUGCACAGAAUCUAUUGAAAAGAUUAAAAUCAAGGAGGAAAUAGAUGCUGAAGAGCACUCGUUAAAUCUACAAAGAGACGAAUUCCAGAAAGAUCCUUUAUCCCACAACUUCCCAGGGCACCCUAUGAACCAACCAAGCAAGGCCCUUAAUUUGGAAAAUACCAACUUCUUUGUAAAAGACAGUCACAUUUACAAUCCGAAAAUAAGCCACAAUAUUAAAAUGGAAAAUGUGCCUAACAACAUCUUUAACCCAGUGAAUAUUUCAAAAGACAAAAGUGCAAUCAUUAGAAGUGCUAAGGAUUUUGCAAGUGGACUACCAUCCUUUUCUUAUUCUGCUAAUAUGAAUUUUGCUAAUGAUCCUUCAAAACACAAUCCUCAUUUGAAUCCUCUGAAGACUGUUAUAAAAUUGGAGCCUAGAGAUGAAGCUAGUGAAAUGAAGAAUCAAAACACACCAGAAGUAUUCACUGCAACAAUAUCUGCUGCUAACAAAGUAGAUUCUCCUAAUGCUCCUCGGCUAGACACACUACAGAGAAUCAGUCCGUCACCAACUAAUCCGCGUGGGUCGUCUCCACCGCCUAUGGAACAUCCUACGACUACAAAUACAGAGCCAAUAUCACCAGCAAAUUCACAAGAAAAUAAAGAAUCUGAUGUUGAUGACAAACAGCCUACAGAUCUGAAAACACAGCCUAUGCCGAAAUUAGACAGUCAAACUAAUAAUUUAAGACCUCCCUCAUUUUCACAUCCAGUGCGGCCUGAAAAUCUUGGUAUCCGGUCCACGGAAGCAUCUGUUACGCCAGUAUCUGUACAGAAUAUGCCUCCUCCUCUUAGUCAACCUUCUAUGGCAGGGUUACUUCCUCCAGGACCCUUAAUAUCAGUUGGAAAUGGGUCAAAUGUUAGUCCUUAUGGAUUUAUGCCAACAUCUCUGUAUGGCCAUGCAGGCCACCCUGGACAUCCUGGUCUUGAUAAACCAGGGUCAAUGCCCCCUCUGAUGCAACAAGUACCACCAUCACAUAGUUUACCAGGAAGUAAUCUUAUGCCACCUUCCAGUCAGAAUGACCCAUCAAUGCCGCAAGAUUUGAAAAUUAAGCAAGAGGUACCAGACAAUGUGCCGGCUAAUUUAUCGACUCAACCUGUUGAUCCACUUCAAUCACUUAAGGAGGUGAAAGUGCCAGGAUAUCCUAUUGGAAGUGCUAUAGCUCAACAUUUAAAUACUGAGAGGGACCGAGAGUCUAUAUCAAGUGUCGAAAAUAGCAGUAGGCCUCCAAGUCAGCCAACAAAUGAAAAUUCUAACAUGCCCAGUGCAUUCCUGGGUCCAAGGAUUGAAAGUAUCAAAAAGGAGCCUGAUUUCUUACACCAACCACACUUACCGCCUACUUCUACAAGUCAGAGCAGUGGUUCCGAAUCUUCGAAUCCUAUUCCUCCAGUAAAGAGCCCACAUACACCAACACCUAUAAAGAGUCAGCCAGGUCACAAUGGAACGCCGAUGCACAUACCACAUUCCUCGGCUACAACAUCACCAUUUUCAAGACACCUGACAAGUCCUUCGCAACCGAGGCAAAUAUCAGCGUCACCAGUACAACCUAAUACUCCCGUAUCGCAUUCAGCUCUCAACUUGGUGAACCCUACACCACUGACGAUACCCGCUACGAUACCUGGCCCUGUCAUGCAUUCCGGUCAACAACCUGGCCCGCCGCCUCACCCUUUCGCCGCAUCUCCACUUCACCACCAACUAUUCCACCCGUCUUUUUAUGCACAUGCUAUGCAUUCAUAUUAUCCUCAUCCUCCCCCGGGAUAUUCCAUGCCGUAUCCAUAUCCUUAUGGGCCACUUCCUCAACCACAUCCAAUUCCACCAAUGCACCCUGCAGUAAGUACGGCUGGACGGCAUGACCCGGUGAAGCCUUCAACUAUAGAAUCCACUACUAUGCUUAGCUCUCAUCACAGUCACAGUACAAGUUCUUCAGUUACAACGAGAUCUCUUAGAGAAAUUUCCGAAAGCUCUGAAGACCCCAGACAUCCUAAUGCUACAACCGAGAGACAUCAACUUCAUGAGACAACUAUGACGCAACACCAUUCAACGAGUCACCAUAGUGCUGUACAUACAAGUACGGAAAAACAUCCGAGCCAUGCUGGCGGAGGAACUAACCAUACAUUGUCUAUAUCCCACUCAACUUCGAGCAGUUCGUCACAAUCGAUUCAACAUAAAAUUAAUACACAACAAAAAAGCAGCUCUCAUUCGAAUUCUCCCCACCACUUGUCUGCAAGCGUAUCUCAAACUACGAGUUCGUCAUCCAGUGUCAAUGUUACUAACAACCACACGCAUCACCACUCUCAUCACCUCGCUCACCACCCUGAGAGGCUCUCGCCUGCUGACUCUAUGCUUAUGCGUCAUCAUCCAAAAAUGCUACCAGGAAAUCCGAAUCACCUGAUGAUACAGCCGCCAUCAAUGGGUCAUCCCAUGGGUCUUGGUCUACCACCGGGACCUGGACCGAGCUCAAUCGAAAGUCUUCGCUUACAUGCGCAAGCUGCAGCCGGAUUACAAGGAUCGCAUGCUAGACCCGGAUCGCCUCAUCAACUCUCUCACGGUCAUCCACACAUGCGUGGUCCACCACGACCAAUACAAGAGGAAAACCCUGAACUAAAACUUGAAACUCAAUCACAACCUGAAGAAGAAGAAAUACCAAGUCCAGCGCACAUACCACAUGGCCCGAGUCCAGAACCUAAAAUAGAAGAUACGGAAUGUCACAGAUCACAGUCAGCAAUAUUCCUUAGACAUUGGAAUCGUGGAGAUUACAACUCUUGCACUAGAACUGAUCUUAUCUUCAAACCGGUGCCAGAAUCAAAACUUGCUCGAAAGCGAGAAGAACGUCUUAGAAAGCAAGCUGAAAGAGAUAGAGAAGAGAGAGAGAAGAUUGCCCAACAGGCUCAUAGAAAGAUAGCAACACCUGAAAAACCAGAAACUAAACCUCCAUCAAGAGGCGCCAUCGAAACUAUAUCGUCUCCAUAUGAUCGAUUCCCGAGACCGCCCGGUUAUCCAGACACUCCUGCGUUGCGCCAGUUAUCCGAAUACCCACGACCACAUGCUGGCUUUAGUCCGGGAAAUCUACCACGUCAUUGUAUGGACCAUGCUGCGAUACUCCAGUACCAGCUUAGCUCGAUGUACGGUGCCGCUGGUGCACGAGAACGCCUCGAACUCGAACAUCUUGAACGAGAAAAACGUGACAGAGAGAUACGAGAACUUCGCGAGCGAGAACUUAACGACAGGCUUAAGGAAGAACUGCUCAAGAAUAAUGUCGGACCACGAGCACUUGACCCACACUGGUUAGAAAUGCACCGACGUUAUGGCAUGCCCCCGCCACCUCCGCAAGGCGCCAUCCCCGUCCAGUAUGGGCUCUAUCCGCCCGGACAUGGUCCAGUAGCACUGUCGCAGUUGGAGCGUGAAAGAUUAGAGCGCCUUGGUAUACCACCAGCUGGCGGCCAGCAACCCUCUGUGCCUACAACCAUGUCGCAGCAGCAUCACCCGCACCACCCGCACCCCGGAGUAGCGGCGGCGCAGUUGGAGGCUGCUGAGAGGCUGGCUCUCGCCGCCGAUCCCAUGGUCCGACUACAAAUGGCGGGCAUCAACCCAGAGUACCACGCCCAUACGCAUGCGCACACGCACGCCCACUCGCAUACGCAUUUACACCUACACCCGGGGCAGCAGGCGGCGGCGCAAGCACAGCAAGAAGCCCUGGCCGGGCUGGGCCCGUACCGGCCGCUCCCGCACCCCGACCUGCUGGGCCGGCCCUACGCCGAGCAGCUGGCGCAGCAGGCGGCGGCGCACGAGCAGCUGCAGCGCCAGCUCCUGCUGGAGCGCGAGCGCGGCUUCCUGCACCCGUCGCACCACGAGGAGUUCCUGCGCCAGCAGCGCGAGCGCGAGCUCAAGGUGCGCGCGCUGGAGGAGGCGGCGCGCGCCUCGCGGCCCUAGUGCAAGACGCUAGCGCCGCCGCGUUACUCGUGAACGCUCACUAAAUGUCCACGCGCCGCCGACAAGGCGAGCGAUGUUUUUAUGUGUGACGACACCUGUAAUUUAUAUUUAUGAUAGGGCCGUACCUUAAGUAUUUAAGUUUUUAUAAUAUUUUUAUAGUUGCAUGGUCGUGUAGUACGCUUAUUUUCCAUGCUCAAAUUUAUUUCUUACUACUAGUCAUAAUUAAAAUUUUAUUUGUGAAUGAGAUAAAGAGUCACACGUUUUUACGUAGGCUAUUUAGAUUAAAUUAUUGUUUAUUUUUAAAUAGCAUAGAGGCCUCGAUCGCUACUGGUUUCGCUGGAUCGCGUACGUUAUAACACACAAUGGAACUGUGUCACAUGGCAUUACAGCGGAACGGAAGUCGUUGCAGUUCUUUACCAGUAGCUUUCAAAUGAAAUUAUAAUGCAAAUAAAUAAGGGUGCUGGUUAGCAUUCAUGUGAGCGGACCACAUGAUUACAGUAAUUACGUUCAAUGUAAACUACAUUGCUUUUUUAUGUUCAUGACAUAAUAAUAUAUUAUAAUAUGUAUAAAUAAUUGUUUUUUUAAGCACGAGACAGAGUAGAGAUUGUGGACUUGCCUUGCUAAUCAACUUGCCUUUACGUAUUGUCCUUUAGCGUUUCUCACUCUGUAUAAUCCUAAAAAACUCCUAUUUCACUUAAAUUAUUUACAAUUUAAAUAGAAAUAUAUAUUUUCAAAUAGAUACUAUCUAGUUCUCAGUAAGAAAUGGAGUGAAAUGCGAGUGAUGUGUAGAACAUUAUGUCGAACAUGAGAGGCAAUCGUUUGUGGAACUAAUUACACUCACAUAUCAAUUAAGAUUGGGGUAAAGCCGUGAGAAAAUUGAUACUAAUUGAUAUGUUGCCUUCAAAUGUUGAUAUUGGCUGAAUGCAAUAAUUCUAUAUUAGUAAUGAAAGGCGUACCAUUCCGGCCUUGGUAAUGUAAAAGAUCGUUUUGUACAGAUUGUGAUGGAAUAUUUUUAUUGAAUGCAAUUUUGUUCUUUUAUGUUCUCUAUUGUGUGGGAUUCGUUCUCAGUUAUGACUGCUAAUAAUACGGUUGUUGGAUAAUGCGCGCGUUUUGUGUAAUGAGCGAAAAUAAUAAGCAAUGUUGGUCCGCCUUAGCCACGGGUGUCGCUGUGUUUAUUGCAUUUAUUCACACCAGUUACUUUAGUGAUAAUCAAAUGACCAUUCAUACAUAGUUUGUUUAAUAUUUUAAAAUAUUAACAGUUUUUUGUACAGGAAAUGCCUCUAUUAGGUACGCUUUACCCAGUGAUGAAGUUAACACAAUAUCCUUAAUCAUUAAAGUAGUAAAUAAUAUCGACUCACUAAUCAACACAUGACAAUUCAAUUGUAAACCGUAUUUAAUUAGCAGUUAUGUACUAAGAACCGGAUGCGAAAACAUUUGAUCACGGCAAUCAUUAUUACUUACGUUUGCAGUGUGAUAUAAAUAACAAAUCAUGCAACAAACAUAUUUCUUUGUCAUUCUGAGUUGUCACCCUUUCUUUUUCCGCGUGCGAGUUGAGGGAAAGUAGGGUGACAGGUCAGCAUCUGUGUAGGGGCGAGUCGAGACUCGACUUGGAAUUGUUGACUGAAACAUGCUAAAAUAUCUUUUAUAUCGCAGAUCAAACAAAUAAUAAAACUAACAACCCUUCUGCGGAAUAAAGGACAUUUGGUGCGUUAACAAUGUUAAUAUUGUUUAAAGUUAUAUCGAUUGUAGAUUAAUACUAACACAAAUUUUAAGUACUUAUACAAAUUGAAAUUAUUUUGAUCUUGACUCUAUUCUGUGUAAUAAUAAUACUAAUGAGUGGUUAAAAAAUAAUUGUAAAUGUUAAGAGUUGUAAUAAAUUUAAAGCCCAUUGUACACAUUCAGUAAAUCUGUGCACUAUAAUGUAAUAUAAAUUCCCUUUGUAAGAAAUAGACGCUGUUAGAAACGAUUAUAAAGUUAUAUUGAUUACCUAGAAUAAAACUUUUCACAAUGUCGCUUCGUAGGUGUUAUGUUGGUAAUGCCAUAGUUAAUUUCUGAUAUCUUAACAGAGAAAUGAGUAUUAUUUUUAGAGACAAAUUAUAUCUUAAUUAAUUAAGAGGUUGCGUGUCGGUUUAAACUUCAUUUAUUUAGACAAUAAGGUUAAAUGGAUGUCUUAGUGCUUUUGUGUAAAUUUUUUUGAAUAAUAUAUGUGAAAAAAUUCAA